UGUUCACAUUUAAUAUGUGACUUUUGAUAAAGAACCUUUUAAAUAAUAUCUUUUAAAUUGAACAUUUUAAAAUAUGAAUAAUAUUUUUUCUAUUCGUUAGUUUUACCGUUUCACUCUACUGAAAAACAUGUUAACGUUUACAUAAUGACACCCCUGUGGAACCCCACCCCUGUCUGUGAAAUGGAACAACCUAUAUACAUGUCAAGUCAAUAUUUACAUUUGGGGCCACACAUGUUUUAUAUUUGAGUGAUAAUUUAAUGCAGGGCAAUGAAAAAAGCUUCAAGAGAUCGACCCAUUUUCUUUUACUUUCCCACAUCCUUUUCAUCACAAAAGGUUCUGUUUGCCCUAAAUGAAAAGGAUGUAGUUGUGAAGAAGAAAUUGGUCAGCCUGUCAUCUGGCCAACAAAACGAAUCCUGGUAUGUGAGACUGAAUCCCGAUGGCUAUCACACGCCUGUUCUUAAGCAUGGAGAGAAUGUCAUCGUGGAGCCUGAUGAUAUCAUAGACUACAUCAGCCAGAUAACACAGGGUGCUGGAGGUCAUCCAUUAGUACCUAGCUUGGACUCAGAACUUGGUAAAAAUGUCCAGCAGAUGCGGAAAAAACUGGACAGUAUACCAGUGGACAUCCUCACAUACGGGGUCAUCUACCAUCCACAUUUGUCCACAACUGGCUGUCUCAUACCCUACGCCAUGCAGCGCUCUAUGAAAGAGAACUUUGAGAAGAGGUUAAGUCUCUUGAUCGAGCUGGCCACUCGGCACCCUGAGCUGCGUGACAGCUACUUGAACAAGUCGCAGCUGGCGGCCUCCAACUUCGAUACGAUCACCGACGUGGACCGGGUCAAGGCACAGUUGGAUGACCUCAUGAACUUCUUUGCUGAAGUGGAGGAACAGCUAAGAAAGAUCAGAGAAGAGGGAAGCUUCAUAUCGGAUGAGUUGUGGUUGUUUGGGCCGAUGUUCACGGCAGCAGACAUUGGUCUUGCGGUCCUCCUACACCGGCUCACACUACUCGGGCUUGCACGACGAUUCUUCCCUCCCGACAGGUGCCCCUGCAUUCACCAGUACUUCUACCAGGUGCAGAAACGACCGGCGUUCCAGAAAAUACAGCACGAGAUAGGGAUGUUGAGGCUGACCUUGGCCUUGCAGACUUUGAAAGCAGCUUCCCCGUAUUUACUUGCUUUGGGUAUAGUAGGAGUGGGAAUAGGGGCUGGAUAUUAUGUGUACAAAAAGAUUAAUGAAUCUGAGUAAACCUGUGAUUUAAGAAUCUUUUUAAAUAAGUGUUGUUUCAGUGAUUUUUUUCCGCCUAAAAGUACAGCCUCUUACAGGCUGUUUUUCAAUUGCAAAAAGUACAAAAAGUAUGUUUCCCAAUCGCAAAAAGUAACAUUUUUCCCCAAAUUUGACCGAACUUUCCCAAACAUACAUGUAUGCCAAACUUUUCCAAUUAACUAAAUAAUUGGUUUAUUGAGUUUUUUAUACUGCAAUUUAAGUCUCUAGCACCUUUUAAUAUACACCUGUAAAUGUUAGAAAGCAGUUAAACAUGCACUUAUAAACAGUUGGUAUACUGUUAUUUUUAAUCAUAUUAAUAAUGUUUAAAGUUUUCCCAAUUUCAUGGUUAAUCAAGCUUUUUAUCUGUAUAAAAAUGGCACAGGCUGUAAAAUAUAAAGCAACAAAACUCACUAUGUUUUUUUUAUUGCUUAGGUAAUUUGCUUAUUGUUUAUCGCUGGACCAUUUGACUGUUAAGAUACUUGUACUCAGUUUACUUGCCUUGUUUUGAUAUGUUAUCAGUGAUAUGUAAACAAUACAUUACCAUAGCAACUGUGAUGGUCAUUUUGAGUACCGGUACCAGUGUUUCAAAUGGAAAAUUACAAGACUAUUGAAAUACCAGUUUUAAUCUGUCGUUGAAUUCAUAGGAAAACAUAACAAAUAACAUUUUAGUAAAUGUAAGGUGGUACCGUACCUUCUAUUUAGCGAAUCUCUUAUAUAUAACCAAUAAUAUUAACAGUUAUAUUUUGCUCAUCCUGAGUGCAUGCUACAUGUAUAGACAUUAAAGACUGUUUAUAAUGAAUGAUUUUAUGUUCAAAAGAACACGUUUUACUCUGUCACUUUAAAAGCAUUUAAACAAAUGUAGAUUUUUACAUUUUGUAUAUAGACCCAUCUCUUAAUGGGAUUUGUUAUGGGAACACCCUUGGAAGGCGGAUGGAUAGGUUGCUGCUUUCCUUUCUCUUCAUGAUACAGUUUUCAUAGAAUCAUCACCAAAUAAAACCAACCUGUCCCACCAGGAACUUUAGACAUAUUCAUUUAUUGCCAAUGUUUUAUAAAAAAGCAAAAUUCUCUGUUUCAGCUCUGGUAACUCAUUCUCCUUUCAUCAAAUCUUCACAAAACUAUCCAGAUAUGGGGUCCAUUUUUUACAACGAGAGAAUAUUUCUGUCCAUGACCUUAAACCUAUUUAUUUUAGCUCUAUGGCAUCGAAAGCCUCGGGUUUAUGGAAACGCUCUAGAGUCCGUUUUCUGGGCCUAGAACCAGUAAUUGGUGUCUAAAGGGAGAUCUAAACUUUAAAAAAUGCUACCACAGUAGGGAUCGAACCAGUGACCUUCCGGUCACUAUCCAAUACGCCAUUGGGACCUUUUAUCUUAUGACCUCAUGACGUUAUUAAUGAUGAUGAUCCCUGGAUCCCUAUGUUAAGUGUCCUGGUUUCUGAUUGUGAAAUCAUGAUGAAUUGUGUGAAAUCAUGAUUCAUUUCGCGAAAUCAUAAUGAAUUGUGUGAGAUUGUGUUACAAACUGAAAACUACAAUUGCAUAUAAGCUGAACUGUUAUUCAUAAGUAUGAAUGAAAAAUAUUUGUCGCAGAACUUUUUGUGCAAUGUACAUGGAUGGCUAUUGAAAUUGUAAAAUCAUUAUUGGUGUGCAAAAGUUUUCUUUGAUUUUGGGGUUUACGGAUCCACAAAUUCAACACAGACACAUUCGAAAAUGACUGAUUACAGAUUUGACAAUGCCACAUUUGUGUUUUUGCAUAAUUUUAAAUCCAUGAAGUAACGAACCGAUGAUGGUCUUCUUUUAACCACCCAAUUUCUUGCACCAGAAUAUGUAUGAUUUUACAGUAUAUCAGGUAGAGAAAAAGCAUUCAGAGUAAUUUUAGUAUUAAAAAAUAAUUGAACCUUGGAUUUUAGUGUAAUUGUGUUCGAAUGUAUAUGAGUCGUGUUCUGAGAAAACUGGGCAUAAUGCUUGUGCGCUAAGUGUCAUCCAAGAUUAGCCUGUGCAGUCCACACAGGCUAAUCAGGCAUGCCACUUUCCGCUUUUAUGAUAUCUUUUGUUUAAAUGAAGUCUCUUCUUAGCAAAAAUCAAAUUUAGGCGGAAAGUGUCGUGCCUGAUUAGCCUGUGUGGACUGCACAGGCUAAUCUGGGAUGACACUUUACACACAUGCAUUAUGCCCAGUUUUCUCAGAACAGACUCAUGUUAUUUUACUUUUUUGACCACUUCAGUGACUUUUACUAACAAUAGGGACAUUGAUGAUUGUUUAUCAAUUAAUCUGUAAAGGCCUUUUGUUAGUACUCAUGUGGGAGUUGUCAUCGAGACUAUGGUAUAUUUAUAUGGUGAAUUUAAAUGGUAUAAUUGUUAGAUAUAUUUUUUCAGUAUAUGUGCUGUUCUUCUUUUACCAUUAAAUAGAUAAUUUGACUUUUUAUGCCCCCUUUCGCAGAAAAGGGGGUAUAUAGUUUUCGCACUGUCUGUCAGUCAGUCUGUCUGUCAGUCUGUCACACUUUUCGUGUCCACUCUCUAACUCAAAUAGUUUUCAUCCGAUCUUUACGAAACUUGGUCAGAAGCUGAUCUAGACAAUAUCUACGUCAAGUUCGAAUAUGGGUCAUGCCGGGUCUAAAACUAAGUCACGGGGUCAAAAAAACAAAUCCAAGGAAAGUAAUAAGCUUUAAAUGGACAUAAUUGUCUGACCUGCCAAAUUAUUUAUUUUUGUUAAAUAAAUCAAAGCAGCGCAGUAGGCGGCAUUGUGUUUCUGACAAACACAUCGUGGUAAAAGGUCAAGGUCAAGGUCAUCCUUCAAGGUCUAAGGUAAAAAAUACAAAUCCAAGGGAAGUAAUAAGCUUUAAAGGGAGAUAAUUAUUCAAUAUUGAACACAGCAACUUGAUAUUUGGCAAGCAUGUGUAUCUCAUGGAGCUGCACAUUUUGAGUGGUGAAUCUACAGUCACGGUAGUAGCUUUUAAUUAUUUGCUACUAAAAAUAGAGAUUUGUUAGAGACAAUUAUUUUCAAGGGAAGUAAUUUAUACAAUUAUAAAUCUCAGAAUAUAUAUGUCCUUACCAAGAAUUUAAGUUCUUUUCACAGUUACUGUUAAGAUUUUUAUUUUGAUUUUUUAUAACCCAAAUGAUUAUUUGUCAAAGGUUGUUUUUUUAAUGAUAUAACUAUCAUUUCUUUCCUGUACUUAUUUGUGAAUGGUAGGGUUCAUUACAUACCUGUGGACUUAUGUCCAUAGAUACAUGUUGAACUUUGGCUAUGAUCUCUUUGAUAAACCACAGGCCUUGGUUGUCAAUGAUGUCUGACUUGGUCAUUUUUAACUGUCAACAGACCCCCCCCCCCCCAGUUGGAUUGGACAAAAUCCAAGAGAAGUAAUAAGCUUGAAAGGGAGAUGAUUUCUAUACCUGCCAAAUGAUAAAUAUAAUUUUUAUUUCAAAGCGGUGCAGUAGGGGGCAUUGUGUUUCUGACGAACACAUCUCUUGUUAAAAUAUAGAACUCUUUACUACUAAGUUGGAAAAACAAAAUUAUUAUAGUCUAAAAUUUAUUUAUAUACAUAAAAAUCAAUACUUAUGUAAUAAUUAGUUUUUAAUUUCGCCUGAGCAAGAAAAAAAAAUCAUAUUUAUAUUUGUAUAUCUGAGGAAGACUUUUCAUUCCUUUAUCUUUUGAAAUUGUAAGAUUUUCUUUUCUAGAGCAAUUUAAAUUCAUUUAUAUUUUGGAUUCAGUGUUGUGACUUAUGUUUUGAUGUUCACACUUUCCAAGCUUGAAGCAAAUGCAAAUGUUGUUUUCAUUGAUUAUGUGUUUUGUGGAUUUUGUUUCCAGAAGUUGUUUAGUCACUGGUUUGCAUUUAAUGCCUUGAAAUUGUGUUAAUUAUAAAAACUAAUUGCAUGCCAACAAGAAAGGUGUAUAUAUUGUUGAUUUAACAGUAAUUCGUAUUGCACUGUUAUCAAUUAUGAAACUACAGUAUUUUAUUGUGUACAAUUAUUUAUUAUGAAAAAUAUGUUCAUAAGUACUUUUGACAAAAAAGUUAAGAAAAUCGUUCACAGAGUAGCAAUUUUUGGUAGCGUUUCUUGUGAAUAUUUGUCUAGGUAAUGGACAGUUAUAAACACCAUCAGAAGUGUACUACCCAAAUAACAUUACGGAGUCCAUGGCGAUCACUUAUUACGUAUUUAAAUGAGGCUUUAAGGAGAACUGUACCUUGAGAUUUUUUAUACACGCAGUGUGUUUAAUAAGUUGCUAUUUUUACACGGUACUGCAGUUUAAAUUUUAUUUCCACAAGACCAGCUGUGUUCCAAAGUUUGCGAUUUCUGCCGAAAAUUUGUCUGCAUUGUUGAACGGUUUUAAUUUAAAUUUCGCGCCGAAUUAUCAUGUUACCUUCCGUAUUUUCAAAACGGAAGACCAACGGUACCUUUUAUUUAAAAAAAAAAUCUCACAGAAAGUAUAAGAUUCGUAACAUGUAUUAGUAACUCAAGUUACCGCAGCUCUCAAUGGAUGCUUUUUAGCUCACCUGAUUGCUCAGGUGAGCUUUUGUGACCGGUCUUUGUCCGUGGUAUGUCCGUACGUCCGUUAACAUUUGCUCGUAAACACUCUAGAGGCCACAUUUCUUGUCCCAUCUUCAUGAAACUUGGUCAGAAGCUUUAUCCCAAUGAAAUCUCAGCCGAGUUUGAAACUGGGUUGUGCCGGGUCAAAAACUAGGUCACUAGGUCAAAAAAAAGAAAAACCUUGUAAACACUGUAGAAGUCACAUUUCAUGCCCAAUCUUCAUGUAACUUUGUCAAAAUGUUUGUCUUAAUUAUAUCCAGGUUUAGUUCAAAAGUGGUUUUGAUCCGUUGAAAAACAUGGUCGCCAGUGGGCGGGGCAGUUUUCCUUAUUUGGCUAUAGAGAAACCUUGUAAACACUCUAGAAGUCACAAUUUUUGCCCAAUCAUCGUGAAAAUUGGUCAAAACAUUGGUCCAUGUCUCGGAUUUGUUUGAAAAUGGUCGAGAUCGGCGAAAAAACAUGGCCGCCAGUGGGCGGGGCAUUUUUCUCUAUAUGUAUAUAGUGGCAGUUUUCCCUAUUUGGCUAUAGAGAAACCUUGUAAACACUCUAGAAGUCACAAUUUUUGCCCAAUCAUCAUGAAAGUUGGUCAAAACAUUGAUUUUAUUGAUGAUAUCUCGGACGAGUUUGAAAAUGGACAGGAUCGCAGAAAAAACAUGGCCACAAGUGGGCGGGGCAUUUUUUCUCUAUAUGUAUAUAGUGAAAACAUGUGAACACAGUAGAAGUCACAUUUUUGGCCCAAUUUGUAUGAAGUUUGCUCAGAACAGAGUUUUUACGAGAGUUGAGUUCAAAAAUGGUUCCGGUCAGUUGAAAAACAUGGCUGCUGGGAGGGGGGCAGUUUUCUCAUUAUGCCCCCCCCCCCCCCCCCUUCGAAGAAGAGGGGGUAUAUUGUUUUGCUCAUGUCGGUCUGUCCGUCCACCAGAUGGUUUCUGGAUGAUCACUCAAGAGCGCUUAUGCCAAGGAUCAAGAAACUUCAUAGGUACAUUGAUCAGGACUCGCAGAUGACCCCUAUUGAUUUUCAGGUCACUAGGUCAAAGGUCAAGGUCAUGAUGACCCGAAAUAGUAAAAUGGUUUCCGAAUGAUAACUCAAGAACGCUUAUGCCUAGGAUCAUGAAACUUCAUAGAAACAUUGAUCAUGACUCGCAGAUGACCCCUAUUGAUUUUCAGGUCACUAGGUCAAAGGUCAUGAUGACCGGAAAAAGUAAAAUCGUUUCCAGAUGAUAUCUCAAGGACGCUUAGGCCUAGGAUCAUGAAACUUCAUAAGUACAUUGAUCAUGACUCGCAGAUGACCCCUAUUGAUUAUCAGGUCACUAGGUCAAUGGUCAAGUUCACAGUGCCAAAAAAACGUAUUCACACAAUGGCUGUCAAGGUCAUGGUGACUCAACUUAGAAAAAUGGUUUCCGGAUGAUAACUCAAGAAUGCUUACGCCUAGGAUCAUGAAACUUCAUAGGUACAUUGAUCAUGACUCGCAGAUGAAAUAAUGAUGAAACUUGACCAGAAUGUUUGUCUGGACAAUAUCUAGGUCAAGUUUGACAUUUGGUAAAGAUUGAAUGAACCGACUCCUCUCAGGUGAGCGAACUAGGGCCAUUUUGGCCCUCUUGUUUGUUUAUCAUAUUGGUGUCAUAGAAUAAAGGUUUAUUAAUUUUUAAUCUUGAAUACGCUGAAAUACCGUAAACAUGAAGAGUCAUUAUCUUGUUUACAGUACUUUUAAAAACAUUUCAAGUUUAUUUUCAAAGACGUUUUAUCAUUCGUUUACAAUAAAUUUCUGUGUUAACCUUAUCUUGAUAUUUUGUUCAUUCAUUUUAAGUGUAUUAUAAACACCGUGCAAUCAUGACGUAUUUAUUUAUUACGUAGUCAGUAAGUUUACGUUCGAUUGUGUUUACCUAUAUCGUUGUUUGUGACUUCGUUUAUACAUAACUAGAUAUUUGUUAAUAACAAAAGAAAAAGAAAACAAUCA